UCCUCUUUUCGGCCUCUUCCGGUCUUCUCUAGCUGCUUUGCCAGCUAGGGCUGAGAACCUAGGGAAAGGGGAUGGAUCCCAGAGGCGCCCUUGGUGCAGUGUGGGCAGUAGGGUGUCUGCGUUGGGUGACUCUGUCAGUGUUUAGGGUGCACGUGUUUGUGUUUGGUUCGGGUGCUCACGUGGUGUCUGUGUCAAUCUUCUGUUUUCUUUGGGGUUGGAGAGGACGGUUGCCACAUGAGGCGUGUUAGUUUGGCGCUUCUAGGGCUUUUUCUGACCGGUGACAAUCUAGUGAUGCAAAGGCAGUGCUGAUGAUCUGAUCCCUUGCGCAGCUGAGUCUUCCCGUGCUCUUAUUUGAGCAAUCCCCGCGACUCCUGGGCCUCUGGUAGCGUCAGCCUGUUAUUUUGAUUGAUUUCACUGAAUAUUUAUUGUCAGUUGUAUCUCAGGCACCAAGUCUGUACUCUCAAAUAGAUGACAGUUUUGUGGCGGAAGUCCAACACAGAUAGGCAAUUAUAAUACAAUGUGAGAACUCUAGAAAUAGAGAUCCAUGCUAGGUGUUAAUGAAAACGUUGAAGAAGGCCACCAAACUCGGAAUUCUGGAGGAGGGGAGGUUUAGGAGCCAAGACAGCAAAGUCGAUUUAGGUUUAUUUGACAAAUGUUUAUUGAGUGACUGCUAGGUGCUAAAUCCUGUUUAAGUGCUGGGUGCUACAGGGUGAACAAUAGAGACAAAAUCUCUACUUCAUGGAGUGAGUGUGCUUUAUUAAGUUAUGGGGAAAGACAGAAUAAACAAAUUAAUGAGAGUGUAAGAAAACAUGCAGUAAGUGUUAAUCAAAGAGUUAGAACGGGGUGCCGUGACAAGUGAUGGGGUGAAUUUUUUUCUAAUCAUUUUAAAUCUUUAUUUUCUUUUUAAACAGGUAAUACAGUUUAAAUAGCUAUUAACUUCAAAAGUCAUGAAAGAAGAAAGCUCCCUUUCAUUCCAUUACUCAUGGAUCCAUUUUCCUUCCCUGGAGGCAACCCAUAUCACCAAUUUCUUGUGUAUUCCAAAGAUUUCUAUGUAAACUCUGUAUACCGGUGCCCUACUUUAAAAUUGGGCCUCACUUGAUAGGAAGUUAGAUUCUAAUCUUUGCUAUUAAUUAUUAGGUUGUCGCAAAAGUAAUCGCAGUUUUUGCAUUUUUUUUUUUUUAACAUACAAGUAUAGGAACAUUUGUCUAUACUGCUUGGUUCAUAAUAGGCUCUCUAUUAUUCAAGGAGGGUAUGAUGUGCAUACUACUAUUACCACGUAGGGCAAUAUCUAGUAGGAUAUAUUGGCUUUAAACUCACUAACAAGCAAGUAGCAGAGCAUGCAUUAUCUCCAAACUUUCAUUAUCCCACAGAGAGUACGCUUAGGCUGGAGCUGGCUGGACUGGACUCAGCAUGGCUAGUAUCAUAGUUAAUAGUAACUUCACUCCAAUAACAUCACAAGGAGCAUCCAAGUUAUCUGUGCAUUAGUGGAAACUGGCCAGGGAAGUAGCUUUGUCAGAAGGGGGCACCUCCAGACCUCAGCAGCUGGUAUCAGCCUAUUCUUGUUGAGAUGACUCAGAUAUGCUGGGCCAGCACAUUGCCUAGCCACUGGAAUAGAGGAAAACUGAGCCUCAAAGGCCAUUUAGUGACUUUCUUCACGUGCAAUAAUAUUGCAUGACUGAGGGAGAGAGAAAGGAAAGGGGAUGACAAAAAUGUGGUUAUGAGGCUCCACCUGCUGGUGCUGGACUCUUAGUGGCAGAUAUUUUAAAAAGAUGUAUUUAGCAUCGUUUCUUUCUCAUUCCUUCCACUUUGCAGUGUUUGCUCAUGUGAAAUAUGAAAAAUAAUUCUGUAGUGCAGUCAUCCCUUGUUCUCCAUGAUAUACUGCAAAGUUGCUGUUCUACAGAUGAAGAUCUUGAAAUGGAAUGGCUCUAAAAUAGCUCCUUUGAAGGCCCUCAGAUUUUCUUUGUUGUGUUAAGCCAUUUUGAUCUGCUUCUUCUGAAAAUCAACGUUUGCUAUGGACAGCAACCAUCAAAGUAAUUACAAACUCAGUAAAACUGAGAAGAAGUUCUUAAGGAAACAGAUUAAAGCCAGGCAUACUUUGCUGAGACAUGAAGGCAUUGAGACAGUAUCCUAUGCCACUCAGAGCCUGGUUGUUGCCAAUGGUGGUUUGGGUAAUGGUGUGAGUAGGAACCAGCUGCUCCCGGUUUUAGAGAAAUGUGGACUGGUGGAUGCUCUCUUAAUGCCACCUAACAAACCCUACUCAUUUGCCAGAUACAAAACUACGGAAGAAUCUAAGAGAGCCUAUGUUACCCUCAAUGGAAAAGAAGUAGUGGAUGAUUUAGGACAAAAGAUCAUUCUGUAUUUGAAUUUUGUGGAAAAAGCACAAUGGAAGGAGUUGAGGUCUCAAGCCUUACCACCAGGACUCAUGGUAGUAGAAGAAAUAAUUUCUUCUGAGGAGGAGAAAAUGCUUUUGGAAAGUGUGGAUUGGACCGAAGAUACAGACAAUCAAAACUCUCAAAAAUCCUUAAAACACAGAAGAGUAAAGCAUUUUGGUUAUGAGUUCCACUAUGAGAACAACAAUGUAGAUAAAGAUAAACCAUUACCUGGAGGUCUUCCUGACAUUUGUGACAGCUUUUUGGAGAAAUGGUUGAGGGAAGGUUACAUUAAACAUAAACCUGAUCAAAUGACCAUAAAUCAGUAUGAACCUGGGCAAGGAAUUCCCGCUCAUAUUGACACACAUUCUGCUUUUGAGGAUGAGAUCGUUUCUCUCAGUUUGGGGUCAGAGAUUGUCAUGGAUUUUAAGCACCCAGAUGGUAUUGCAGUGCCAGUUAUGUUGCCUCGUCGGAGUUUGCUGGUGAUGACAGGAGAAUCUAGAUACCUUUGGACCCAUGGAAUCACAUGCAGAAAAUUUGAUACUGUUCAAGCAUCUGAGAGUCAUAAAAGUGGAAUUAUCACCAGUGAUGUUGGAGACUUAACUUUAAGCAAGAGGGGACUACGAACAUCAUUUACAUUUAGGAAAGUGAGGCAAACACCCUGUAACUGUAGUUACCCUUUGGUCUGUGAUAGCCAGAGGAAAGAGGCUCCUCCCUCAUUUCCAGAGAGUGAUAAAGAAGCCUCACGGCUGGAGCAAGAGUACGUCCAUCAAGUUUAUGAAGAGAUUGCUGGACACUUCAGCAGCACGAGACAUACCCCUUGGCCGCACAUUGUGGAGUUUUUGAAGGCUUUGCCAAGUGGUUCAGUAGUGGCCGAUAUUGGAUGUGGUAAUGGAAAGUAUCUUGGCAUCAAUAAGGAGUUAUAUAUGGUUGGUUGUGAUCGUAGCCAAAACCUUGUGGACAUUUGUAGAGAGAGGCAAUUUCAGGCUUUUGUCUGUGAUGCAUUGGCAGUACCAGUCCGCAGUGGGUCUUGUGAUGCCUGCAUCUCCAUUGCUGUUAUUCAUCACUUUGCAACAGCAGAACGUAGAGUGGCAGCUCUGCAAGAAAUUGUUCGACUCCUGAGACCAGGUGGGAAGGCACUCAUUUAUGUCUGGGCAAUGGAACAAGAAUAUAAUAAGCAGAAGUCCAAGUAUCUUAAAGGAAAUAGAAAUAGCCAAGGAAAGAAAGAGGAGAUGAACAGCGAUACCUCAGUGCAGAGGUCACUUGUGGAGCAAAUGCCUGACAUGGGCAGUCGAGACUUAGCAUCUUCUGUCCCCUGCAUUAAUGACUCUCAGGAAGGAGGAUAUAAUUCAAGGCAAGUUUCUAAUUCCAAGCUGCCUAUUCAUGUUAACAGGACUUCUUUUUAUUCUCAAGAUGUGCUGGUUCCCUGGCACCUUAAGGGAAAUCCUGAUAAAGGCAAACCUGUUGAGUCAUUUGGUCCCAUAGGAUCCCAGGACCCAAGUCCUGUGUUUCAUCGUUACUACCAUGUGUUCUGUGAGGGAGAAUUGGAAGCUCUCUGCCGGACUGUGAGUGAUGUCAGAAUUCUGCAAAGCUACUACGAUCAGGGAAACUGGUGUGCGAUUCUUCAAAAGGCCUGAUUAUUUACCUCAACACAUCAUAUAGAAAGAAGAAAUGCUCACUUAAAAAAAAAGAGACUAAAUUAAUUACCCUUUUAAUUAAAGAGAAAACUUGUGGGAAAGUACCAAAGGAAAGCUGAGAAAAAUUUGGAAGUAGGGAUUCAUUAGGAGACAUUCAAAUGGCUAUUGUUGGCUGACAUCACAGAUGUGGUGUUGGCUCCUCCUACUUCCCUACAAGAGGUGGUUUCUAAAAGUGAUUGAAGUAGUUUGUGCAGUGUUUGUAAUUCUUGGGUAAGAGUCCAGGAUUUUGAACAUAACAGUAUUUUAGUAAAGUGCUACUAAAUGUACUAAAUCAUAUAGGAUUUUAGGGAAAUCAUGUAGGAAUUAACAUAUAAUUAUAUGUUAAUACAGAAAAUAUUCCUGGUCAGUAGAAAAUUGUCUGAAGUUUUACCUAUGGUUUUUAGCUCUGUAAAAUCAUAGACAAUAACCAUUCUGUUUCCAUGCCUGACUAGCCCAGGGCUGGACAUAUAGCAGGUGUCUAAUAACAUUUAGUCAAUCAGAUAAUACCCAGAACUUAGUAGGAGUUUCAUUUAAAAACUACUUUUUGAACCCGACCAUAUACCAGUUACUAUUUUAAGUACUGGUAAUGAAGCAGUGAAUAAGAAAGAGCAAAGCUCUUACUCUUAUGUUUGCUUACAUUCUAGAAGGGGAGACAGACAGCAGGCAAAUAAAUAAAUAGUUACUAUGUGCCAGAUAGUGAUAAAUGCCAUGAAAAACAUGAAAUGAGAGAGGAUUUACCUUGGAGCAAAAGAUUACUUUUAAAUGGCUGGAAUAACUACCAAUCCUGACUAAUUUAUUAUCAAGAGCUAAUUAGUAUUCCAAAUUCAUUGAUUAGGGUGCUAAAAACAACCCAAAUGUGCUCCUUUAACUCCUUUGUUUAAAUGACAAAAGUUAGAAGGUGGUCACUCAGACCUAACUAUGCCCUUAGAGCCAAAGCUGUGAUGUCCUUAUUGGUUAUUUCUAGUUGAUUCAUAAUUUGUCCCAAUCCUGGUUCAAUCAGGGGUUAUUUUUUAAAAUCUGUACAAUAUUGCAUAAUAGUAACCCAGUUAACUUACCACUUAGGUCAGGUUUCCAGGAGGAACAAAGGUAGAAAGUCAACCAUAGGUCAUAUUAUCACAUAGAAGGAAAAGCCUUUUUUUAAAAGAAAAAAUUUUUUGAACACUUUACUCUCUGUAUGCACUACUUUUGUAGUAAUAAUGCUUAAGACUGUUUUAAAGAAAAAUUGCUUUCUGUGGAUUAUAGGUACCUAUAUAAUUAAUAUAUAUUGUUAUUAGUGCUAGUGAUACUUAAUCUUGAAGCAUCAAGUUUUCAGAAACCUGUAGUGAUCAAUAAUGGGUCUUAGAUGACAGGAUGAUUAUUUUUGUCAUGGAAUUUCAGUACAACAUCCAGAUGUACUGGUCCCUCUGGGAUGAAUUUAUAAGGCUCAUGAUAUAGGAAAAGGAAUAUAGGGCUAAGAAUAGUUUUAUUUCUGAUAUAAAUUCUGGUACUUUGCAACAAAAUUCGAAGUCAAGUCAUGCCAAUAAAUUUUAAGAUCCAAAUAAAAUAGAUAAUUUUCUAUGAAGAUGAAAAAUACCAAAAUUGACUCAAGAAGAGAGGGAAAAUGGAAGAUGUUGAAAAAUAGCAUAGGAAUUCAGAAGUUGGCUCUAGAAUCAGGUUUCCUGAAAGUUGAAUUCUAGAUCUGUCAUUUAUUAGCUGUGGGAUUUUGGGCAAAUUUCUUAACUUUUCUGUGCUUCAGUUUUCUUAGCUGUAAAAUUGGAAUUGUUAUGAAAAUUCACUGAAGGUAUGCUUGUAUAGAUCAUAGAAUAGUAUAAGAAUAUAGUAUGCAUUUGAGAAAUGUUCAUUAUUAUUACUCCCAGAGGAGUUUUAGGUAUUGAGUGAUGCCAAAUCUAAUUUGUUAAUUGUAUAAUAAAAAUCUAUAUUCUUACUGA